AUGGCUCAGUCGGGAGACCAGGUCGUCGACCAGAUCGCGCAGCUAAAUGCUGCUCGUAAUCUUGUUCUAGGAGACGCCGCUUUUUACCCUCAGAUUGUGAACGGAGUCCUCCCAAUUGUCGGUGCGCACGCGCGAGUGGAAUUACGACGAUGGGGAACCGAAUUCCUGGCCGAGACGUUUGCUAGUCCCGCGUUUGCUGCGGCGCAGAAGGAACAGUUGGCUACAAAUGUGUUGCAGACAGUACGGAGUAUAUUGGAAUUACCAGAAGGAGAUCAAUUGGUCUUGAGAAAUAUAGCCCAGACCGCUGCCAGUUUAUAUCCGCUGGUUUUUAGGCAUAUUAUCAACCACCCCGAAGACAAGCAAUCGUGGGAACACAUCGAAGCUAUCAAGCAGGAUCUUCUGCGGAGGUGGGACUCGUUUUCAUAUCCGGUCAAAGUAUGCUGCAUCAAAUUCGCCCAGCGAGUCGUCUUAGUGCAGACGCACGGCUUAAUAGCGGACCCCAGGCGACCUGAACAAAACGAGACGUCCUUAGCCAUUGUUCCUCGAAACCACUCCAUACUCUCUCUACCUAAUCUCGAAGCAGAAGCCUCUGGGCUACUAGACAGGAUCUUGACUGUCUUUCAAGAGGAUGCAUGUGACCCUAUUCUCGUGAAUGCGACAUUGAACUGCCUCGCUGCCCUCGCCCGAUCUCGACAAUCCAUUGGGAACAAGAUUGUAAAUGCUAUUCUCGGUUUCUUCCCCGCACGGUACACACGCUCGCCCGUGACGCCUACCGUACGAGUCGGCGUCAAAUCUAUGGAAAGGACUGCUCGAGCUGUGCUUAUAAACAUUAUCAAGAGGAACCCCAGCCAUCCUCUCGCGAGUAAGAUGCAGCAACAUAUCGAACGACUAAUGCAAUCUCGUAUGGAACCCGUUGAUGAUACAUCGCGGAAGCGAGGACUACCAACUGAACCAACAGACGGGCUGGAUGCUGCUAAACGAGCGAGGCUGGAUGCCGAAACGCCUCCUCUUAUUAAAGUACCACCUCUUCCGCCAGGUAGAGUAAGCUUUGCACAGCUAUUUACUCUAACUGAGGACUCCGGCCUAUCCUCAUUCGAUGUAAAACAACUACCAGCAGACCUCUUGGUCAAAAUGGUUGUCCCUCUGCUAGCGCGUGUUGAUCAGUCACCACUAAACCAAGCUGUUGAUGCUAUACGGGUGCGAUACCAGACAGUUCUGAAACAACAAAUGACACAGCCGCAACCUGCUGCUGAGGAUGAUGACGAUUACGAGCCCGAAUAUGAUCCCAUGGACGUCCCAACAUCAACUGUGGAUCAACCCGGUGCACUGUCGGCUGAUCUGCCAGCGGAACAGCCCGAUCUUGUGUCGCUCGGACCGUUUGUCUUGCCACGCCCUCCUCCAUUAAGUGAGGAACAAGCGGCUGAAGCUGGUCGAGGUGCCGUAUCCAGAGUUUUUGGCAUGCUGGGAUCAGCCACUUUAGCUCCAAACGUCGUGAAAGGCCAGAGCCAACAACUCGGCUUCUCCAGGUUAGCAGGUAGUACGUUCGACCGUGAUGCCUGGGUUACAUUACUCACCCGGCUUGCAACUCGAGCUCCGGCUGGGUUAGAGGGACCGAAACAGGAAACGGAUGGUUCGAGGAGGAAGAAACCCACGAUUUCGGAUACAAUACGAGAGACUCUCUACCGCUAUAUACUUGAAGACUUCAGGGGGCGAGUGAAUACUGGUAUCAUGUGGCUCAACGAGGAAUGGUACAACGACCGUCUUCAAAUGAAGGCUGCUUCGUCUAAUAAAACAGACAAAGACGAAGAGGUUUCGGUACAACUGCAUUACGAUCACUGGGUCUUACGCCUGCUGGACGGCUUUUUGCCUUACCUGGAUUCCCGGGAUAUCAAAAUCUUCAUCCGGUUUUUAAGUGAAAUCCCAGAAGUAACGAUUCCAAUCGCCAAACGCAUAGCCAGCCUUGCGAAGGAUCCUGAGCGAGUGAAUCUCUGUGUCCAAUCCUUCAUGUACUUGAUCAUGUUCCGUCCUCCGGCGCGAGAAAUAUGUCUCGACGCCUUGGAAGAAGUUUAUCAAAACUAUGAGGAAUCACGUCCGUCCGCUGGGAAAGUCCUAUCUAGGUGGCGCCCACAAAGAAUUGAGCAGCUACAAGCGGAACAGACAACCUUGGUGAACCGCACCGUUGAACAGCAGCCGCCAAAUACAUCAACCACAAAUGGUACGAAAGAUCCAAGAACGGCCCAUCUAGGUGGAUCUCAAUCAUCAUCCGAUGUCACAGUCUCUUGA